GAGGACCUCUGUUUCAGGCAACUGGAAAACCAAUACUGGCUCUGCCAUGUUGGAGCAAAUAGCUAUGUCAGAUAGGUACAAGCUAUGGGUGGACACUUGUUCAGAAAUUUUUGGUGGUUUGGACAUCUGUGCAGUAGAAGCUCUACAUGGCAAGGAUGGGCGUGACCACAUUAUUGAGGUAGUGGGAUCAUCCAUGCCUCUGAUUGGAGACCACCAAGAGGAAGAUAAGCAGCUGAUUGUGGAGCUGGUACUGUCACGCAUGGCCCAGGUCCUUCCUCGCACCCCCGUGCCCUCCCCUGUGCGCUCUGCCUCAGGACAGCAUGCCCAGGCUCAGUCAGCUCAAGCUGGACAGAGACAAGGCCCUCCAGCCCAACAGAGACCUCCACCCCAAGGAGGACCUCAGCAGCCGCCUCCAGGCUCCCAGCGCCCUCCGUCUCAGCAACGCCCCCCUCCCCAAGGCCAGCAACUCCCAGGCCUUACCCCACAACCCAGUGGUCCCGCAAUGGGCCAGCGUCUGCCCAGCCCCACCACCCAGCAGCCCCCACCACAGGCUCAGCAACGUCCUGCAGGGCAGCGCCAGCCUGGGCCUGGAGUCCAACAGUCUCGCCAGCAGGGGCCGCCCUCUGCUCCACAGUCCCCCCAGCCUCAGAGAGGGCCGAGCCCCAGUGGCGGAGGACAGCAGCAGUGGCAGCAAGGUUCCCCCCAGCAGCAGCGGCCCGCGGGGGCUGGCCUGACCAAGACAGCAUCUGGGGGCCUCUCAGGGCAACAGCAGCAGGCCCAGCAGGCCCAGCGCCCUCCAGUGGCUGGCGGUCAACCACGGCAGCAUCCACGGCAGGGUAGUCAAGGGGGCCUGACCCAGCAGCGCCCACCGGGAGCAGGAGCACAGCAGCAGCGCCCAGCACCACCUACUACCCAGCAGCCGAGGCCCAGUACUCAGGGGCAGGGUCCUGGUGGCCCAGGGCAACAAGGGAACCGCCCUCCACCAAGCCAAGGAAAGCCACAAGUUGCCCAGAAACCCAGUCAGGAUCUGCCUCCUCCACCCCAGCCCCAGCUGAACAAAUCCCAGUCUCUGACCAAUACCUUCCCCCUUGCAGAGGCACCGAUGCCGCGGGGCAGCCUUAGUCAGGAUGAAGUGCGUGCUGAGAGCAUCCGCAGCCUCCGACAGAGCUUCGCCAGCCUCUUCUCCGACUGAGAGUCUUCCCCUCUGUACUGCGACCCUUCACCUCCCCGGGCCUAGAUCCCUGCCUUCCCUGCCUUCUGAGACUCUGAACCCUGUGUCCCUUCACUGCUUCGACCCCCCCCCUGCCCCCCCAUGGGAACGCUCUUCCAAAACGAAUCGGUUUAUUUGUUUCUUUUUAAUCCCACCUUUUUUCUUUUGAGGAAUUUCGCCUCCCCUCCCCUCCAUUAAUGGCAACCAACCCCAUGGAAAGGGGGGAAGCGAUUCAUAUAUCCCUGGAGAUCCCUGGUAAAAGUUACGGCACCUGCUGCAAAUGGUCAGAGCUAGAAAAUGGGUUGAUAUUAAAUCCCCUGGAAUACUCAGGCUUUUGAGGCCUGAGGUCAUUCUGAAUGUAAAGACGGAUGGUUUGGUUUAAAAUUAAUUUGUAAUUAUUUAUUAGAUUUAUACAGCUGCGCAUUUCACACAUGUGACUCUGGGUGGCUUACUGUAUAUUGAAGAAAUUAUCUGUACAGAGCAAUUAUCUGGAGAGCGAGAGAGAGACAAACAGACAGACAUAUACAUGUGUGUGUGACAGACAGACAUAUACAUGUAUGUGUGACAGACAGACAAAUACGUUUGUGUGUGUGUGUGUGUGUGUGUGUGUGUGCACACAUCAAAACACAACCUUCUCUGCCCUAAAUGAAAUAGGAACUACACAAUGUUCUGGGCAGAAGGGUGUGUUUAUGUUCCUUUAAAAUCCUAAAUCUUCCCUCUGCCCCUAUCCUUUGUUCUGAGAACCUAUUUUUUUUUUUGCUCUGUUUUGUAUCCAUUUCUGCAGAAUAUACUAUCCCCAUGCAAAUUAAACCUGCCGAUUAUCAGAGAGCUUCCUUCCUUCCUUCCUUCCAUCAGGAUCUCCCUUUUUCAUCUGGAGGCUGCAGAUUUCUCAAGUCCACAUCUCUUCUAUAUAAAUAUGCAAACUUGACGCCUGGUUCUCUUCUCCCAGCCUAGAGGUCCCCAGGCUUGGGAAAAACGGGAGAGGAGAGGGGUCUCCAGGGAUCUCUGUACAUAGCAUGAGGGAGGGGACUUCUCCUGGGGCCCAUGUCUGUGUUUGUGGCCACAAAGAUGUCUAUGUUGCUGUUUGUGAAUAAGCCAGUCAAUUGCCACUUGCCCUUUGCACAAUCCUAUUGUCCCCCACUCCUUAGCUGCCCGCUUCCAACUCUUGUUGCCUUGGCUGCAGGUUCCGCCCCCCACUUCAGCAAUGUGCAACUUUCUUCCCAUGCGUUUUGGUAACCGUAUACUCGGCAAGCCUUAAUCUAGACACACACCUCCUUUCCAUCCUACCUCACACUGUUCCCCCCCCCCUACCCUCCUAGUAGCACUGCAGAAAACUCCCAGUCUGUCACUACACUGUAAGCUUCAGCAUCUUCUGAUCAUCAGGAAGGUGCUGGGCAGGGCCAAUGAGGUACUUUAUCCUCAAACCUUUUGCUAAUCUGGUUUAGAACCCAGUCGCCAUGGAGGAGAGACAAUUGGCCAAUGCUUUGAGUUUGUGGUGGAGAAUGCAGUUGUUUUUGUCAAGCCCAUUUCCUGUUCUUCCUCCCACUUGGCCAAUCAAAUCUAUCUGCUCUUCUCCCAAAACAGCCAUAGUACUGCCACUAUAGCCAAGGGAUGCUUUUGCUAUUUUGAUGACUGAAGAAAUAAAACUUCAUCCCCGAUGGACACACAAGGGGCUCACAUCUUAAAAGCAGAACUUGGUCCCCUCCCUUUUCCCCCUUGUAUAUAACUCAAAGAGAGAAACUCCCCACUCUAUUUUUGUGAUUCUCCUUUAUCCCUAAAGCUGUGUCAAUUACUCUUGUCCCCUUCUUUGAAAGAUCAUGGGGACAGUGCCACUUAACGCGUGAUGGUCUGAUAGCUGCAAAGUCGCGUGUUGUAGCUGUGUUGUGACAUGACGCUUUGAGCUGUGUUUGCAACUUAACUGUCAGGUUGGGAGGGGGGGGGAUGCAGCAGAGGCUCAAUUCCUGUGUAUUACACCCCAUUCUUUAGCCUCUUCUCCCUAGAGAUCUAUUCCUUUGCCACCAAGAGAUCUGGGAAGGACAAUUUAAAGUGCUAACUUGGUAUCUUUGUUAUUUAUUCUUGUCUGGAAAGUGCAUCCCCCUCGCACACUAUUUUUGUGGGAAUAGAGGCCUUUCCUAUUGCUGUGAUUCUGUCUCUGUGAA